UGUCAAUUCAACUUCGUUUGAAAUCUGUCGUCUUUUUUUGGUUCUCAAUUCAAGCCAUUUAUGGAAAGCAUCCUAUGUUAUAAAAGUAGAAGACCAAUCCGAUUAAAUCCUCACAUUUCAACCGACUCUUCCUUCUAUUGGACAUCAAUACAUUACCUCGCGAAACGGCCAGUUAACACGCCCAACAGCAUUGCUUACAGCAAUGACGAUUCUAAAAAUCGUGCUCGUUGUGUUCACUCUAACAUCCGUGGCGUACGCACAGCAGACGGCCAAUCAAGAUCUGAUGCUGGCAGCCACCAAAGGUAAAAGACACAUAAGUCACCUCGAUCCUUAUGGUAGUUUGCAAUUCCACAGACCUCCUCUUCCCAGCAUUGAUUACUAUGGAGAAAGUGACAAAGGACACGCAGGAUACAUCGUGGUGUCGCACGACAAAGGAAAAAAACAUAAAUCAAAGGGAAAGGGAGGCGGUGGUUACGGAUACAACGCCGGAUAUAACGGAUACACAGUCGGCGGAGGAAAUAGGGACGACUCAUCCGAAGGCAAUGGAAACGGACGUGGCUCCUUUGGAGGCAGCUAUUACGUGGCCAAAAUAAAAGGAAAAGGAAAAGGUGGAUAUCCGAGCAAAGGCAAAGGCGGAUCGUACGGAGGAAAAGGCAAAAACGGAUACGGCAAGGGUAAAGGUGGAUCCUACGGUAAAGGAGGCAAAAGCAAAGGAAAAGGCUCUUACGGAGCUAAAGGAAAAGGUAGCUCCUACGGAGGCAAAGGAAAAGGAGGUAUACCUUAUGGAAGCGGUGGAUACAACCCAUACGGAAACCAAUACGGUGGAGGUGGAUAUUCUGAAAAUAAUGGAAACGAAGGCUACUUUUACGUGAGCGGUGCGAUCGGCAAUUCAUACGGCAACAGCGGAAUUAAAGGCCCCUCAUACGAGAAUAGCGGAAUUAAAGGCCCCUCAUACGAGAAUAGCGGAAUAGGAUACAACUCUUUUGGAAGUAGCCAAAGCGGCGGAAGCUCUUCGGAAAACAGCGGAACAGGACUCAGUGCAUACGGAGGUGAUGGAACGCAAGGAAACUUUUACUCAGGCGGCGACGGAGUUGACGAUUCUUACGGGAGCGUUGGAAUAAGCAAUUCUUACGGAGGCGGAGGAAUAAGCAAUUCUUACGGAGGCGGAGGAAUAGGCGAUUCCUACGGUGGGGGCGGUACAGACAAUUCUUACGGAAGCGUGGGAAUAAGCGAUUCUUACGGAGUCAGCGGAGUUGAUGAUUCGUAUGGAGGCGGUGGAGGAGAUGAUUCGUACGGAGGCGAAGGAUUUUCUUACGGAAUCGGCGGCGGAAUAGGAGGAAGCGGCGAAACUAAUACCGGUGGAAUUGGUUCAACUGGAGGCUUCAAUUUCGGAGCAAUUACAACACGUGAAGCUCCCUCUGGUGGCGUCACUUUAGUAGAUAAUACAUCCGGUAGAAAUACUGAAGGAGGUAAUGAAUCCCAAGGUGGUACAGAAAGUACAAGUGACAAUCCCGCAAGCAGUGGAGGAGAAACAGCCGAAAGCACCGGAAGAAAGCGAAGUCCAUCUGAAAAAAAUGAAAAUUCGGAUAAAUCAUCGGAAAGCACUACAAUCAAAAGCACCGAUAACACAAACAGCGAUUCAGAGAAGAAAGCCAAAACUACUGUAAACUACAACUUAUCAAUUAACGCGAACGGAGAUGCAUCGGCGGCCAAUGGAAAUGGCAAUAAUAACACCGUCAAGGUAGAUUUUAAAACGGAUGGCACUGGUAAUUCAGAAAAUGCUUUCUCCCUCAUCGUACACAUUUCUUCUGGUAGCAAUGGAAAUAACCCAUCCGUUGGAAACUAUGUAUCCACUACAACACGCCCCACACGAUCCAGCACUACCGAAGAAAUAGACAGAAAAAUUACAAACAAUGUAAAAGCCGAAAGUUCCGUUGGAAUUUCAACAGGUGCGAAGAGGAGCAUUGCACCUGUCAGGCAAAGCAGUUCAGGAAAUCCCCAAUAGCAGAGGGAAAGAAUCAGAUGAUCUCGGGGUCAUCAACGAUCAAAGCGAAGAUCAUAAACCAUCUGUCACCGUCAACCAGCCUGUCAAACCCAUUGCAUCAGUUAAAGAGCCAUUAAAAUCCAAUAAUCCAGACACAUCCAACUCACCUACUCCCGUCCCUAGCAGACCCAGACCACCUUCCACCACUACUGCUAAACCCAGCGUAUCUAACACCACAAUUGGAAGAAACGUAAAUAGUGAAAAUAUACCCCGACAAACCAAUAAUAGAAAUGAAACACGUACCUCUAGAACAACGCCAUCACCAGCGAAAAAUAAUUCCGGAAGCCAAGCAAAGCCUAGCACUACGACCAAUGAAGAGGGUAGUACUGGGUGUGCUAGCGGAUGCUUCAGCAUCCCACCGAAUGUCAACACGUCGAUUAGAAGCCAAACAAAUAGCACCGCAAACAACAAUUCGUCGAUCAAUGAUGCCAUAGGAAGAAUCCGGCAAGGUCGCGAACAUAUCAUCGGUGGUGGACCACAAAAAGUUCCAAUACCCAUUGGCAACAUAUCGAUCAGCAAUUCCGAAAAAUCCUCGACAUCUAAGGAAAUUCCAAAAGGCACAGUACAAGCUGAAAUAACGUCUGGAAUUGCAAUUAAAGAAAAUACUACCACUAGAAUUGCUGGAAAAGAAGAUAUCCGGUUGAUUGGCUCUACAACAUCUUUCGUCAAUAUACCUGGAAGCAGAAACGGUUUUGAAAGUAUCCAACAUGUUGAAAAUGGCGGAGAGAAACGCAACGUUGGAACAACCAACAAAACACCUCAGACUCCAAGACCAACAGCCAAACCGACAAUAGACGACAUCCAUUCCUUCUUCGAGUUCGAGGUGAACGGUAACAAAGACUCUGAAAGCCCUAAACCUGCUAACAAGAACGAAACGAAACAUACCAUUAUUUCAACGAAUACAACAGCACGGCCAGCGCCACGUCAUAAUCCAAGACAGAGACCAACGACAAUCGCGGAAGACACAACUUCUGCUGGAGUCAAAGCAGAAAAUACUAAAGGAUCCGGAACCGCUAAACAUGUCCACGCUGACGGAGGAAAACGCAAUGCUUCACCUCCUAGAGACGCACAGCUCAAUAUUACUCGUCAGGCUCCAACACGAAGGCCAAGACCUGCGGUGGAAGAUAAUCCUUCAUUUCCCGAAGGACUCCCAACUGUCAAUGUUCCAUUCAGUGUCGUUGGAAGAAGUCAGAGAGGAUUGGAAACCAUUAAUAAUAGAUCUAAAAAUAGCCUAAAUGUAAAAAAUGGAACAAAUGUUAGACCGCAACAUCUUCCCCGAUACGCCCCAACAUAUAAACCUAUUCUUACCUUUGAAAAACAACCCUCUACUCCUGAAAAUGCAUCUAGAAAUGCUGGAAAAGACCAAAGGCGACAAUUGAGCACUACACCUACACCUGCAAGACAUGAACGAAACAAUCGAGCAACCGACACAAAACUUGGCACUAAUCCAACAGUUAACCCACCUUUGCUGGUGCCAUACUUACCUAUAGAAUCAUAUUACAUUCCACUCCGCCAGUAUAUUAUGCAAAAGGCAUCGCAGCGGCAUUGAAACGAAUUUUUAUAACCUUAGAUUUAAACUCCAUGUCCUAUUGUUACUGUUUGUUCACAUCUGUUUAUAUUCGUUACGUUGUAUUGCAUAGCGCUGUGUGCUCUGCAGUAGAUAUAAAAAAUUUGAAUCAAAUAAAACGUUAUGAGAUUAA